GUGUGUGUGUGGUAGCGCGAGCGGCGGAGGAGCGGGUACGAGCUCGCGCUGUGUUUCACCGACGGACGACAUUUUCUCUCAAAAAGCGUCGAGGAGCGUGAAAGAAGCGACACCCGGACUCACCGGAGGACUGCGCCGCCGCCGCCGGAUCUAACGCCCGCUUUCUGCGAACUUGUCCGCGGGCAAACAACUCGCCCUGCGACCGAGGGACUUCCGACGUUUCAGCCGGACGGAGCCGACGCUCUUCUCCGCCGCGGGUCAACGACUCUCCCGAGGAGGAGGAGGAAGAGAAAAAGAAGAAAGAGACGCGGAGACGGACAUUUUUUUUUCUCCAGCUCCCUUCGAGAGGAUAUUAAGUUUCGUGUCUGGAUUAUUUUCUGUACCUGAGACAAAGGUACGAAAACCAGGUGAUCGCAUCCAGCGGUCGGGGUCUGAGGGGCGCCGCCUCGAAGCCGAGAACAAGGCUUUGUCCGCCGCCAUCGUGCGUGUGCGGGGGAGGGGGUGGCGGUGAUUUUCCCGCACCUUCACUGGGACUACACGCUGACACUGCGAGAGAGAGAGAGAGAGAGAGCGAGCGAGAGAAACCACGCACAUUAUCUCGUGUUAAGGAGCCGACAUGUAUCCACAAGGCCGGCAUCCGGCACCUCAUCAGCCAGGGCAGCCUGGUUUCAAGUUCACCGUGGCCGAGUCCUGCGACAGGAUCAAAGAUGAGUUUCAGUUCCUGCAGGCCCAGUACCACAGCCUUAAAGUGGAGUACGACAAACUGGCCAAUGAGAAGACAGAGAUGCAGCGCCACUACGUCAUGUACUACGAGAUGUCCUAUGGGCUCAACAUUGAGAUGCACAAACAGACUGAGAUUGCCAAACGUCUCAAUGCAAUUCUGGCUCAGAUCAUGCCAUUCUUGUCACAAGAGCAUCAACAGCAGGUGGCUCAGGCUGUUGAACGGGCCAAGCAGGUGACAAUGACUGAGCUGAAUGCGAUCAUCGGGGUACGUGGACUUCCCAAUCUGCCUCUCACUCAGCAGCAGCCGCCGCCUCAUAGUGCCUAUCCAGCCUUCAUGCAGCAGCAGCUCCAGGCCCAGCACCUCUCUCACGCCGCCCACGGCCCCCCGAUCCAGCUGCCCCCUCACCCCUCAGGCCUGCAGCCGCCUGGCAUCCCCUCUGUGACAGGCGCUGGCUCCGGCCUGCUGGCUCUGGGAGCUCUUGGCAGUCAGGCCCACCUGCCUGUAAAGGAUGAGAAGAACCACCACGACCUGGAGCACCGAGAGCGCGAGUCGAGCACGAAUAACUCGGUGUCGCCGUCAGACAGCCUACGGGCCGCGAGUGAGAAGCACCGCAGCUCUUCAGAUUACGGCCACGACUCCAAGAAACGCAAAGUGGACGAGAAGGACAACAUGAGCAGAUACGACAGUGACGGAGACAAGAGUGACGACCUGGUGGUGGACGUUUCCAACGAGGAUCCGGCCACCCCUCGAGCCAGCCCCGCUCACUCACCUCCAGAGAACGGCCUCGAUAAAUCACGGGGCCUGAAGAAGGAUGCCGCCCCCAACAGCCCCGCCUCCGUCGCCUCCUCUGGCAGCACACCGUCCUCCAAAGCAAAGGACCACGCCCAUAACGACAAGUCGUCCACGCCGAGCCUGAAGUCCAACACGCCUACACCCAGGAACGAGGCGCCGACACCAGGAACCAGCACCACUCCAGGGUUACGACCUCUAACGCUGGGCAAACCCCCCGGCAUGGAGGCACUAGCUGCUCCUGCCCUGCGCACACCGCUGUCCAUCGCGGGCUCCUAUGCCACCCCGUUUGCUAUGAUGAGUCACCACGAGAUGAACGGAUCCCUCACCAGCCCCAGCGUUUAUCCGGGUCUCAUCUCACCUCAGAUGAGCGCUGCAGCUGCUGCCGCCUACGGACGCUCACCAAUUCCGGGGUUUGACCCUCAUUCUCACAUGAGAGCUCCGGGCCUGCCAGCCAGCCUCACGUCCAUUUCUGGAGGAAAACCAGCUUAUUCUUUUCACGUGAGUGCUGAUGGCCAGAUGCAGCCCGUGCCCUUUCCUCCAGAUGCCCUGGUAGGCCCGGGCAUCCCACGCCACGCUCGCCAGAUCAACACGCUGAGCCACGGGGAGGUGGUGUGCGCUGUCACCAUCAGCAACCCCACGCGUCACGUCUACACCGGCGGCAAGGGCUGUGUCAAGAUCUGGGACAUCAGCCAACCAGGCAGCAAGAGCCCAGUGUCCCAACUCGACUGCCUGAACAGAGACAAUUAUAUCCGCUCAUGCAAGCUGCUGCCUGACGGCCGCACCCUGAUCGUGGGGGGGGAGGCCAGCACGCUGACCAUCUGGGACCUGGCCUCACAGACGCCCCGCAUAAAGGCCGAGCUCACUUCCUCCGCUCCGGCCUGCUACGCACUGGCCAUCAGCCCCGACGCCAAGGUCUGCUUCUCCUGCUGCUCCGAUGGAAACAUCGCCGUGUGGGACCUCCACAACCAAACCCUCGUCAGGCAGUUCCAGGGCCACACAGACGGAGCCAGCUGCAUCGACAUCUCCCACGACGGGACCAAGCUGUGGACCGGAGGCCUUGACAACACUGUCCGCUCCUGGGACCUGAGGGAGGGACGGCAGCUCCAACAACACGACUUUACCUCACAGAUCUUCUCGCUGGGUUACUGUCCCACCGGAGAGUGGCUGGCUGUCGGCAUGGAGAGCAGCAACGUGGAGGUGCUUCAUCACACCAAGCCCGACAAGUAUCAGCUGCACCUGCACGAGAGCUGCGUCCUCUCACUCAAGUUCGCCUACUGUGGUAAAUGGUUUGUGAGCACAGGAAAGGACAAUCUGCUGAAUGCAUGGAGGACUCCUUACGGUGCCAGCAUAUUCCAGUCGAAGGAGUCAUCCUCCGUCCUGAGCUGUGACAUCUCCGCAGACGACAAAUACAUUGUGACCGGAUCCGGUGACAAGAAGGCCACCGUCUACGAGGUCAUCUACUAAAGAGAAGCAGUCGGCUGCUCGGCUCCAGCACCGCGACUGAGACGACUUUGACUUUUUCUCCAUGCCGAGACGAACUGAGGAUCUAAACCGGUGGAAAUCAAUGGAUCUGUUGACCUAAGGAUGUUUAUGCUCGAGAGGAGUGAACCUUUUUUUUGUCCUUUUGUUUUGGAGGGUUCCUUUUUUUCCUCUGAGAGUAUUUGGGUGCGACCCCGUGAAGCAGCGCUUCAUUUGGAGAACCUUCCUCAGACAUCUUGUGAAAAGUGUAAAUAUCGGAUUAAAUAAGACAUUUUAUAUAUAUUAUAAGAAUAUAUAUUUUCAUGUCCUGGGUGUACUUGUGAUGAUUUUUUUGGCCCUCUCUCUCUCAGUGACGCCGGGGAGAGCAGAACCUACAUUAGACUAGAACUUUUUAAACAACGUUAACUCUUUGAUUUUCUUAAAGCACAUUCUCUGGGCUGACUUUUUCACAAAUCAAACAGAGGGGCGUGAAACAUGAACCAGGACAUUUUGUGGAGAUUUUUAAAAUGGCCUUUCGUCACUCCAUAAUCUCUGACAUGGAGCCCCCCCGACUCAGGCAGAGCCUCGGCUGGUUUGGACCACUGUGGAACAGAGUGGAGAAGAGAUGGAUGUAAAUUUAAUUCAUAUAUAUAUAUAGACCUUUUUAAAGUGUACUGCUCUGUCUGUGCUAUCUUUCUCUGUUUGUUUUACCUUGUUAGAUGAUGGGAGAUGGGGGACGUUUCAUGUUUAGCCUAACCCUUGGACCUCAGUUGGCAGGAGAUUCACUGCUGCAGGCACAAACUGAAUGACAAUGUGCUUUUUGCUAACUUGACGUAAUGCAGAUGUUGAAUUGCACCAUUGAUUUCUUGGCUACAGACUUUACUCAAACAGUCCAAUCUGCACUAUUGGAAUCCUUCUGCCCUUCGGUAUCUUAUCGUUAUUCCUGGAAUAUGUUUGGCUGGUCGUGACGGGGGGGGGUCGUGACAUUUGUCCUGAUUAAACGCAGAGAUCAGUCUGUCUUAAUAAAACUGUUCAGUGCCUGUAAAUGCUCUUGAGGACGGAGGGAGUGGCACUUCAUGUGAACUCGAGAAAAACCCACCAUGAGUGAAAGUGUCCUCGAUGUUGACUUUAACGACGACAGUGAAUAAUUCUGGUUUCUACACUGUGCUCCGGAUCAAGUCAGCAUUUCCAACAAGAUAACAAACGGGGCGAAAUGCGCUCUUCCCUCUGAGUCACACCAAAGUAUGUAGCAAAUGCUGUCAGCACUGAAAAAGAAAUGUACAGUUGUUGAUAAAUAAAUAAAACUGUUUUUGUAGAAUG